UUCCUGGGUGGCUUCUGCCCAAUUUCCCACUUUAGGUUAGGUCUAUUGUCUAUGGUCAAUGAUGGAGUCACCCAUCAGCUGAUGAUACUGCACUAAUGCACUUAACUUGACACUUGUCACUAGACAGCAUUUAAUACUUGUCACUUGUCAGAACUAUAAUUGGUUGGUUUUGGCUACCACAGACAUGUAUAAAUAUUGUGACUUGGAUUCAAUUGCACCAAAAAGUUUUUGAGAUUUGUUUAUUAAAUUGAUCAUUUCUCUUGAAGGCUGGCAAGUUAACAUUUCCCAACCUCAUUCUAAACUAAAUUGUUCUGCAAUUAGCCAACUGUCUUUCCCACUUUUUCAUUUGUAAAUAAAUAUAUGAUUAAUACAAGAAAUAUAUUUCUUAAUAUAGAAGUGCUUAAAUUUGGGAAAAAAUAUCAGUCUGCUCACUCUGCUGUAUUCAGUCUAGGUAGACAGCAUUCUUAACUUUCAAUUCAAAUGCUAAAUUAACUGCCUGUGCUUUUUAUGCUUAGUUUUGUAAUAAAAUAGCAUAUCUGUAAUUAACAUUUGAAAAUAUGAGUGACAUACCUCCUGAACCAACAAAAAAUGAAAUUUCAACUUUACGGAAGGCUGCCCUUAAGAAGCUUGGUGAGCUAGGAAAUGGUGAGAUUGAUGCUCGAGAUAUCAAACGUCUCAGUGAAGAUGAUGACUAUGUGCGACGCUUCUUGAUGCACCAUGACAAUGAUCAGGCUUUGGCUCUAGAAAUGGUUAUUGACACCUUCAAAUGGAGGAAAGAACUAAGUGUCAAUGAUCUCACUCACGACCAGCUGAACAAGAAACUAAUUGACAUCGGCAAUUUGUUUCCACAUAAUCGAGACACAGAUGGCUUCAGGAUGCUCAUAUUUUCUGUUUCAAAGCACACCAAGGGCGUCCAUGAUAUGGAUGACAUGAAGAAGCUCCUCAUCUAUUGGCUUGAAAGAUUGGAAAGAGAGGAGUAUGGCAAGUGGAUUUCUGUUGUCUUUGACAUGAGAGACACGGGCAUGAAAAACAUGGAUAUGGAAUUCAUUCAGUACAUGAUCCAUUUAUUCAAAUGUUACUAUCCAUGGAUCCUCAAUAAUAUCAUUGUUCUUGAAAUGCCUUGGCUUUUGAAUGCCAUGUGGACAAUCAUCAAAGGCUGGCUCCCUCCAAAGUCAAUUGCAAAGAUCAAGUUUGUGAAGAAAAACACCAUACUAGAGUACGUGAGCAAGGAGCAGUGCCUUGUGGGCUGGGGAGGAACGGACGACUUCCAGUUCUGUUUUGAGCCAGAGCUCCCCCGACCCCUGCCCUGGGCAGCUCCUGCUGGCGACCAAGAAGCUAAAAAAGUCACGUUCUCCGACAGCGUCAUGGACGGCGCUGCUGCAGGCGCUGCUGUUGCCGCUGCAGGCGCUGCUGUCACCGCUACGAGCUACAAUGCAGUCGUUGGCGGCGCUCACCCCAUUACUGCCAGGUCGCUGGUUACUGUAUCCCCUGCUGAAGAGCUUGUCUUCAAUUGCACCCGUUAUAGCUGCUCAGCCAGCCUCUCUAUUUCCAACCACAACAACUUCCCAGUCUUCUUUAAAGUGAAGACAACGUCUCCUGAGAAGUUCCGUGUUCGGCCGUCUGUGGGGGCGCUAGCAGCAGGCGGUGGCAGCGUGACAGUGACAGUAAAUGCCAGCGACCCGACGACCCUGCCGCCCGCGCAGCUGGUCCGUGAGAAGUUCCUAGUACUGGCGAAGGACAGCUCCACGCACCAGGCCUCGCAGCAGGAGGUCUCCGACGCUUUCAAGGCGGGUACCGGCGGUAUGACUGAAGUGCGUCUGCGCGUGGGCGUCUCCUCGUCCACCGACUCACAGAACGGCACGGCAACUCCGGUCGCCCAGACCGAGGCUCAGCUCAUCAAGAAGUUGGACGAAGUGCUGCGCGGUCAGCAAGAUCUGCGCAAAAGCGUGGUCAUGAUGCAGCGCCUGCUGCUGCUCCUGCUGGUGCUGUCGCUGCUGAUGCUCUACUUCGCCUACACACACGGCGGUGCUCUGGACCGCUACGCGCAGCGUCUCACUUGCUCACAAUUUCCUGUCGACGAUCGUCAGGAGCUGUAGAUCGACAUGUUAUGUUUGUUCUGAGUUCAAAGCCUUUAUAUUUUAAGAUCAGAAGUUCUAUGAUAUAGUAUAGGGUGUGCUUUUCUGGAAUUAAGCUCUAACUUCCUUCUUAUUAGACGUUGGUUUCCGACCCUUCCACUGCCUUCAAUACUGAGAAGCGUUAAACGUUCGUAUGUGAACUCUGAAUGACUAUUUUUAAGAACUCCUUAUUUUAAACGAAUAAUAAAAGUGAUAUAUAUAUAUUUUUGCAAAUGAUGCUUUCAAAUGAUGCCAGUGUUUUGAUACCUCGCGGCUAAUCAAUGUGACAUUGUCUUUCACGUUUAAUCCUAAAGCGGCAAAUAAAUGGCUACAUCGGGUAGAGUAUGCGUUAGCUAAUGACAUAAUAGACUAUUAUAUUAAAUGUACAGUAUCAUUGUACCGAAUUUCCUUAUUUAUAACAGUUUAGUUGGGAAUGCAGGUCAUUUUCAGACAUCACGUACUAUGUGUGUAGUCUCUUUUCGUUUAGCGAUCAUCUUCGUUCUUGCUUUUGAUUCAUAAAAUCAAUGAUGAAAUGUUCGUGCAAUAUCACUAUAAUAGCGAAAGAAGUUCCUGUUGGUAUCCAAGCUUCCGGGUUCAAUUGAUACACCGUAAUGCGCGUUGCGAAACAUCGUCGCUUUUUCCUUGCAUUGAAAUUAAAAUGCAGUUUAGGAAACACUUUCAACUGCACUCAAUAGCUUCCGACUUGCCAAAUGUUUACUUUCGUAAGGUGAAAGCGUGUUUAGAACUUGUUUAAAUUGAGUUAACUGAAGCAAUGAUGGCCAGUACAGUACACCAUUACUUGAAACUAUUCUAUUACACUCCAUGACAAAUGUGCAUUUCAUGUACUUGUAAUUUCUUUGACUGACUUAUUUUUAAGUUCAUUUUAGAGAUGUGGCUAAAGGUUUAGUUAGUAUUAUUCCUAUGAGCAUAGCUAAGUAGAACAUAGAGUUCAUGAUUUAGAGAAUAUAUUUUUUUUACUUUCAUACUUUACAAUAAAUCCAAGAUAAUCUCAACUGAGCCCAGUAGUUAAAUUUAAUUAAGUGAAUGAAGGCAUAUCUUUCGCGUAUAGUCAAGAAGCUCUAGUCCUUAUAAAUACAGCUGGUAUAAGAGUGUUGCAAUAUUCCUGCUUCAAUAUAAACUGGCUUACGAGUGUAGCAAUAUUCCUGCUUCAAUACAAACUGGCUUACAAGCGUUGCAAUAUUCCUGCUUCAAUACAAACUGGCUUACAAGCGUUGCAAUAUUCCUGCUUCAAUACAAACUGGCUUACAAGCGUUGCAAUAUUCCUGCAUGAAUACUAUAAGACAUUUUUUUUAAUGAUCCUAGCAUUUAAGAUGUAAGUUUUUAGUCUGUCAAGGAAAUAUAUUACAUACCACUGGCAGACGGGCGGCGUUAGUAAAUUAAAAUGGUAUUCAAGGCCGUCUUCAUCAACAUUUUCGCUUUUACAACCUCUGUUAAUACACAAGACAGUCCGUUGCCACUUUGAGAUGAAUCAUAAUUCGCCGUUCAGUGUUAUUUGCUGAACUUUCCGGUGCAAUCAACGUGAUGUAUUAAAAACUGCCAAGUUUUUCAUCGCGGUAAUAUUAUCUUCAAUGUAAAAACUGCUGUGGGAUUAAUAAACUUUAUGUUGA